UGUAACGGAAUACAAGAGCCCGCAUCGGUCCGAAAUGGCAAUGAGCCAACCGGUGAGGAUAAGGCCUUGCCUGACGUUCAUUUGCCCACCUGCACUGGGCCGCGCGUCUUCGAGUCUGUAUUCAUUCUGCGGUCUCAUCGGGGCAGUUUUGCAUCUUUAGCAACCUGUAUAGGCCUGCUAACCCAAGGCAGAAACGAACCAAUGUCGAAAGCGUUCCGAAAGCAUUAAUACGAAUGAACAAGUCGUAGAAAAGUCAUUAAGAUGGUGUAGAGGGUGUUAUUGCUGGAUGAGGUGGAUCUGGAGGUGAAUGAUGUCGUGGCUUGAAGAUGAGAACAAUCACAAGUCCGAAGAUUAUGAGUAUUAGGAGGAAUAUGCAUUUCCGGCGACCGGUAUUCCGUUGAUAUUUGGUAGCAAUAUCCAGUUCCUUCACUGCCUCUGAGACGUGCCUGGAAGUUUGCUCCACGUUAUAU